CUCGUCGUUCUCUCUUCGCUGUUGGACGCCGUAGUGUACGUUUCUUCCGGACGACGGAACAACGAGGAAGAUUUCGGUCGCAGGGAAGCUUGAGGUUUUCGCUGGCGACACGAGCCAAGGAGACGACGGUGAAGAAACCCUCUCUGACAACCAUGGCCGGAACGGAGACUCCGAACGUGAAGUCAGAGGCGGCGAGUACACCAGCAGAGAACAGCAACGAGAAUCCACGCGAGAGAAACCCACCAGGCGGCGGAGGCGGUGGCGGUAAUCGUGGACCUCGCGGCCGCAAAGGUGGCACACGUUUUUCAAGUCGUGGCGGUGGCGGCGGAAUGGGUGGCGGAAUGGGCGGCAUUGGUGGCGGCAGAAACGAGGCGAUGAAAAUGAAUGACUCCAUGGAUGGAGGGAUGGAUAACCCAUUGCCUGAAAGUGGAAUGGGUGGUGGCAUGGGUAUGGGCAUGGGUAUGGGCCGUGGUGGAAUGCGAGGAGGUGGAAGAGGUGGUCGUGGUGGUGGCGACAGAAACAUGGUCAACAGAUCUCAAGAUGAUCGAUUAAUGGAACGAGUCAUGGCUAUUGGUGGGCCCACUCAUGAAUUACCUCUGCAGGAUACGACGGAAAAGAAAUUUAGUGGCAGGAAUCGUUUAUAUAUUGGAAAUUUGACAAACGAUGUGACUGAGGAAGAAAUACAGACUAUGUUCCAAAAAUAUGGAGAAAUAUCUGAACUAUUUGUAAAUAAAGAGAAAAGUUUUGCUUUUCUCAGAAUGGAUUAUAAAGCAAAUGCUGACACAGCAAAACGUGAAUUAGAUGGUACAAUGCGCAAAGGUCGUGCAUUAAAGGUACGUUUUGCCCCUCAUUCAUCGACGAUCAAAAUAAAAAAUCUCACUCCUUGGACAUCCAACGAACUUCUCGAAAGAGCCUUUGGAGUAUUCGGCGAAAUCGAGCGCGCGAUAGUUAAAGUUGACGAAAGAGGCAAAAGCACUGGUGAAGGAAUCGUUGAGUUCUGCCGAAAACCAUCCGCUCAGCUGGCUCUGAGAAAAUGUACAGAAGGUUGCUACUUUGUCACGGCUUCUCUUCGACCAGUAGUCGUGGAACUAUUUGAGCAACAGGAUGACGUGGAUGGUUAUCCUGACAAGAAUCUGCCACGCAAAAAUCCAGAAUUUUUCAAAGCACGUGAAAUUGGGCCGCGUUUUGCGCAAUUAGGAAGCUUCGAGCACGAGUACGGUACACGAUGGAAGCAAUUACACGAACUGUACAAACAGAAAGAGGAGGCAUUAAAACGAGAAAUGGCGAUGGAAGAAGAAAAAUUAGAAGCUCAAAUGGAGUUCGCCAGAUAUGAACAUGAAACAGAACUUUUGAGAGAACAAUUGCGUAUGCGCGAGGCGGAUCGCGAAAGACAGAAAAGAGAGUGGGAAAUGAAAGAGCGACAAGCCGAAGAACAGAGGACUCGCGAGGAGGAAUUAAGACGUCGCCAACAGGAAGAAAUGGCGAUACGGAUAAGGAGACAAGAAGAAGAAUUACACAGGCGUCAACAAGAGAACAAUUUGUUUAUGCAGGAGCAGGCAAUCCGUAGUGGAAGCGGAAAAAAUUACGAUUCUGUAAGCAACAAUGAUCGUGAUGGAUAUGGUCAACCUGAUGGUGGAAGCGGCAUACCUGUGGAUCCAAAAUCCUUCAUGGAUGCGUAUAAUAAUAUGGAUCGCGGUAGUAGAGGGGGAGGUGGUUAUAACGAUGACCGCGGACAGAUAAUGGAUUUAAUGGAUAUGAGGGUUGAUAUGGGCAAUAUGGGUGGUAGCCGCGGUGGUAGUGGUGGUAGUGGACGUUGGCAAGGAAACGACCGAAAUCGCCCAGACGAUUAUCCUAACAAACGCCGACGAUAUUAAGCAAUGCGCAAUAUGGAAUCUUGUUCCGUUGAUUUCUUGAAGCGACACUACAAAUUGUACUAUGUCCUUCAUUCAUUUCUCUCACUUUUAUAUCACUUGGCUAUCUUGAUAACCCAAAGAGGAAAUGGAGAAGGAGUAGUGUAGAAGAUGGAAUAUGAUUUAUAAGAAUGAUAUUGGACAUCAUCCAGAAUAAAUAUUCCGAUUUGCGAA